GUGGGGCAGGUACGCUGCUCGUGCGGAUUAAAGUACACUUUUUAUUUACGUUUAGAAAAUCGUGUUAGUGUGUCAAACUUAUUAGGAUAUUAGUUUAUCUGUAUCGUGCGUUGUUAAUAUAGUGUCGUUAAUAAGCGUAAUGUGUUGAUCAUAGUGUCGAAAUUUUAAAUUUAGUUGUUUACGAUGGAUGCGAACUCAAAGUAUUACGAGGGCUGUGGGCAGGAAGGGCCGAUACGCUGCAUAUUUCUGUGUGAAUUCCACCCGACGGCCGGCCCUAAGAUAACAUGCCAAGUGCCAGAAAACUAUAUUUCGAAAGACAUUUUUGAUACGGUCAGCCACUACAUCAUUCCAAAAGUGCAACUGCAGCGUUGCACUUUGACAGUAACUCUCCUCGGAUCAAAAAUCCUGGGCUUUCCGGUGAGGAUAGACAACAAGAAAUAUGCCCGUAACGCCUUCUACUUCAACCUGUGCUUUGUGUGUGACGCCUGGGCCCGGACAGUACACCUGGAGCCCCUUGUCAAGAAGCUGACAGAAUAUCUUUUGUCGAUGGAGCUAGAAACGGAAUGGCUGUCAAAGCAGUCAGUAUCGGGCGAGGCGGGCGCGCUGGCGGCGCUGAUGCGCCAAGUGAUGCAGGACAUCAACAGCAAACGGAUGUGCACACUCACUGUGGGCACGACAACGACACACCUCACCGUCGUGAGGGUUAAUAGCGACCCAUCGCCCGUAAAGGACCAUCAGGUGCCCGUGUUCCUGUACAGCAGGCAAAGCUUCGUCGUGGACCAGUGGGACCUCACCACCAAUCAGAUCCUCCCGUACAUCGAUGGGUUCAACCACGUGUCCAAGAUCGCAGCUCUGACGGACGUGGAAAUCAGUCUUGUGCGCGCGUGUGUCCAGAACCUCGUCUACUACGGCGUGGUUACUCUAGUGCCCAUCUUCCAGUACUGUGCUGUAUACAGUGCGACGCCCAAGUUAAGACAGCUGACUAGGUGUGCAGGCCUACAGAGGCAGUGUGUAGAAUUUUGCGCGAGAUCAUCACGCCAACUUCCAAAAGUGUCGGAUCUUUUUCGCAUGUACGCUGGUAUGACGUACGGCAGCACCGUUCGAGACCUCUGCCGGCGCGUGCGGCCACAAGAACUGGCCGUGGACGAGCGGAGACUCGUGCUGUUUGGCGUGCUGGAGGGGCUCAUCCGGCGCGUCUACAAGUACCCAAUCACAAUGCACGACGACGCGUCAUCCCUGGCCAGCGAGCAUAGCCAACCCCUCGUCCGAACCUACAACGGUUUAGUCUGCCUCGAUGAGCUGUGUUGCCAGGGCGGGCUCACCGCCCAACAGCUAGAGGAACAAUUAGAAAGGGACACCAAUGUUGUGUUCAUUGUCAAGUGAUCUAUACAGCGGCUGUUUCUGAACUGUUUUAACAACAUGAGAGGCACAGAGUUGUGUUCACCGACAAGUGAUCUCAUAAGUGAGAAGGACUUGGACUAAUGUCCAAUGAAAAUGCCAGCGCUGAUUUGCCAGAUAUUUUCUAUUUAAAUACGUAUUGUAAACACGGGUGUAAAUGUAAAUAAAGGUUUAGGCUAUAACGAUGUUCUGAAAUGUUUUUCAACUAGGUAUAAAGCUUGAUUAAGCUAAGCUUUGCUUGGUAAAGUUCCAACAGGGACUAUAAUAUUAAAGAUUGUUGUAAUAAUCUGGCAACAUCUGUGACAAAUGCCCAGAGAACUUUUACUAUAACAAGACCGAACAUUUUUGACAAACCAUAUUGGAACCGUAUUUAGCUACAGUUAAGGUUGAUAUUGCUUUGCUACAAACAAACGGGACGAGCGAGAGGAUAGUCGAACGGAGUGUGUCCUUUUCUAACAAAAUGGCCAGGGUAAGUGUAACCUAUACACUUUUAUACAUAUAGUUUGUAAUUUUUCAUGUGAAAGAAGGGACACUCCGUUUAAGUCAUCUCUCACUCGGCCCGUUUUUAUAAGUCCCGUUUUUAAUAUAACUAAAAGGUCACCUAGAGGUGUCAGUAUGUAUCUCCUAAAAAUGUUACUCGAGUUGUAGUUUAUAACCGAAGAAAAUCCUUAGGUGUAUGGAAAGUGUAUAGAAAAAAAAAGCUGUGGACCCUUAAAGAAAUGUAAAUAAAUAUUAAAUAAUAAUGUAUAUAAUGAAUUAUUUGUUUAUCUGAUGUUUAUUCAAGUUUUCAGAGGUUUUCCACGAAACUGUUUAUAUAAUAAUAUACAUAAAGUUAUAUUUUUGAAUAUUACAUAUAACAUCGAAAUAUUUACUCUUUAAAUUUGUAUUUUAUACCUUACCUGUACAGUUCAAAAAUCUGCUCAAUCUUCUUAGCUAUAUAGAAUAUUUUUAAUGCAUAUAUAUAGCUAAAAGUACAUUAUAAUUGUUGUUCAUAAAGGUGCUACAUAACUUGUUAAGAUUUGUAUAAGUUAAAAACACAUGACGUCCCACCGAGUUUCUAUAUAAAUCUUUUAUUUCUAGAGCAUUUUUAAUACGACUAUAUGGUACAUAUAGAUGGUCAAGCAAAUCUUGUCAGUAGAAAGGGCGCGAAAUUCAAAUUUUCUAUAAGACGAUAUCCCUUCGCGCACAUUUUUAAAAUUUGCCGCUUUUUUCUACUUACAAGAUUUGCUCUACUAUAAUAAUUAUGUAAGUUUUGUACCUACUUUAAUGAUAGAAAUUGCCAAAUAUUUAGUGGGGUAGUUAUUUCAAUCAAAAUCAUUGUUGUAAAAUGCAGCUGGAGUGAGCGAAAGCUUAUGAGUUUGAAAAAAUAGUAUUUUAUACAAUCAUGAUAUAAUGGAGAGCUUUUCAGUCGAUUACCGUGUUACGGCUACGAAGCUUGCUGAGUGGCCUUAUUGGGUACGAGAUUGAAAAGCUUGAUUAUAUCACUAUUGUAUGUAAUACUUUUUCUACGAGUCAACAAAAAUAAUACUUACUAGUAGAAUCAUAUAGGUAAGCAAAACAAAAAUUUACGGCUAAGAUACGCGAGCUGCCACGAUACCUUCAUACUCGUACGCGCCCCGGCCGCCGGGGCCCGGCGCCCCCGGCGGGUUGGUCAACGACACCUUCUCGUAGCUCAUGAGGCCCUGGUACUUGCUCCUUGCUAAAUUCAAUUUUUAGACGGUUUUUUCUCCAUUUUGGCCACCGUAGCCUAUGGAGACAGACAAGCAACGCUUAGCGGUUUUCGUAGUCUAUGGACGUUGCUAUAUUAAGGGUGUCACAUGCGCGUUUCUGACUUAUGAAGCAAUUGUUUCUACCAUACAAACUAAAAUAAAUAAUUAAUUAGAGCUAUCGUUUUGUUUCGUCCUCUUGACCGCGGUGAGCUGUGAUUUCUGGUUAAUUUAAUUAUAGUUGACUAAACCGUUUCGAAAUGAAUAUUAUAGAUGAGUUGUGAGCCCAUACACGAAAAGUACCCAAUCUAAUUCAACCAUUACAGUAGACGAGUAGGAAAAAAAAUUAUUUAAAUAAUUUGUUGUAUUUCUUUUUAGGUUAUCCUUUAAAUAAAAGUUAAUACGUAACAUGAUUUUUAAAUAAUCACAUUAAAAAGGGUUUGCUCUACUUUUUGCUGGGUGUUCAUUUGACCCAUACAAAAGAUGGUAACAAAGAGUAUAAUUCUUAUAAUAACAAACGAAACCGUCAACGACCUCUUUACGAGAGUAGGCCAAAGCUAGUGGCGCCAUCUGAUCGAGAAUCAAAUUUUCGUGAUUUUCGAGGCACGUUUUUUCCUUAGACUGUAUCCAUCUAUUACGGAGUUAUAUCUAUCUUUGAUGGUAGGUAUACUAGGUAUAUGAGGUGUACUAGUAUAAGCCGUCACACGUUCCUUCAAGCUGCAGCGCGUAUGCGUGGUCUCUGGUCUAGCUAGUCACACGAACGUCUACCGUUUUGUUUACAUUUCUCGACUAGUCAACGUUUAUUUGUGCCUUAUUUUUCUGUAUAUUAUCUUAAACAUUUUAAGUUACUUAUUAGGUAUUCGGAUUAUUGGACUAUCACGUGAAAAUAUAACGAGAC